GAAGGAUUUAAUUAAGUUUUAUGGUCAGGACAGGUUAGUCUCAAGUGAACCUAAUAAGAAGGAUAUAACAGUUGGUUCGAGUUAGGAUGAGUCAAGUUUAGGCAUAGUUUCGAAGCAUUGGGUAUUGAAUUGUGUGUGUUCGGAUUUCAACUGUGCCGUUACGUUGUGAUGUGUGUAUGUGAACAAUUCAGUUGACAACUACAUUUUCCCAGUUAUUUUUCAUGAUGACAAACCCGUCUGAGCUAGGUGAGAAAUUAAACGAAGCUUGCAGCGUUGGAGUUCUUGAAGAAGUUGUAAAUCUAGUAAAUCUUGGUGUAGGGCCAAUAUCAAUCACCAAAAUAAGGUAAAUGGUAUGACACCACUUCAUUGGGCAUACACGAGAAAACAUCAGUCUAUUAUUGACUAUUUGUUACUAAAGGGUGCUGAUCCGGAUGUUAGGAGGAAUGACGGAAAAAAGCCGCAUGAAAUGCAUGAAACAGUACAGAGUACAUUCGUUCCAAAUUAUUUGAAAUGCCCCUCAUUUCCCUACAUCAAAGCCACUGAAAGUUAUCAACCUGUGAAAGCUGAUUGUCCCACUGAAACCAUUAUAAAAGUUAGAUUAGCACAGUCGGAGGAAAAAGAUUUCUAUGAAUUUGAAGCUCCUACCAAAACAUGCGAUUAUCCUUAUUUUCUUCAAAUAAUUUCUAAGGAAUUAAAUAUCAGGCCUGAUGAAAUUAAAAAAGUUCGUAAAUUGCCGAACACAAUUGUUCGCUGUGAAGCAGAUUUACGAAGAUUAUCCGACGGAACUGAACUUGAGGUUGUUACAGGAUAAUGAAGUAAAAUGACAGAAUUUACUCAUUCGAAAAUGUAACUUGAAAUCAUGAUUAUUUGAUAUAUAUAUAUAUGCAUAAUUUUCCUUUUACAUCUAAUUGUGAUUGUAAAUUUGAAGGUGUAUUGUUGAGUUUGUAAAUAUUAAUAUCAAUAACUUGUUUAUCUUGUUACAUUGAGACAAUAAAACCGAUUGCAAAUUCGUGUUAGGA